GAUUUUAAAUAACAGUACAUAAAAAUGUUACCUUAUCGGAUAUGUGAAUGAAGUAUAUUUAGAUAGUUUGGUAUUAAACAAACUGUGCUCGGAUUUACGUUAAUACAUGCCUAUUCUCAUGUGUAAUGUUUCCCUUAUGGACUCCAUUGUGGUUUGAUCUGCAAACUACAUCUCCUUCUUUCCUAUUGAUUGUUGGUAUAUUUUUCACCGCGACUGCUAUAAUUUUAAGACUUUUUGUGAACAGAAUACCAAUGGAUCAAUCCUCAAUUAGAAUGUUUGACCCUAAACCUUCAAUCCCUCAAGAUAUGACCGUUUUGAGGAAUCCAUUUACCCUUGCAUUGGAUGAUCAACAACCGCGAGAAGGACAAUUGGAAAAUGGUGUUUUAGUCAAAAUAACUGGUGAUAAACCAUUCCGACUUUCCAGUUACUGGGGAGUUAAUGUAACCAAAUUUCAUCAAGCCUUGAAGCAAGAUUGGAAAGAAAUCAGAGAAUCGAUUAGAAGUGGGACAUUCUUAAAUGAACACUGUUUACAAUCAUCUAAACCAGAGGAGAUAGAUCCUCCAAUAGGUGAAUCAAUUGCCCGAACGAUAGCAGCUGAUGAACCAAUCACUCCAGAAAUGUUGGGUACAUCACCUCGAAGCUGUUAUCCAUUGAUUAUUAUACUUUCCAUCAACGAUGACUAUAAAGACAAUCAAGCAGAAGGAUUAGAUGCAGGGCAAACCUCAUCUGGUGAUAACAAAAGUAAUAAAAAAAGAGACGAGAUUGUUUGUCUCGCGAAUGUGUUACAUAUAAGGGAUAAUAUUUGUCCUAUGGACAGCAAUAUAAUUACACAGUUGACCAAGUUACGCUACGGCAAUGUUUACAGCUUACAAUCACUCUUUACUCCAGGAGGAACAGUUGAUGAAGCUUCAAGACCAGUUACGAUGUGUGUAAUAUGCCAAGAUAAAGCAAUCUCACGAGCUUUAUUACCUUGUCGACAUGCAUGCAUAUGCUGUGAUUGUUAUGGACUAAUCGACAAAUGUCCACUUUGUAGAAGUUACAUUCGAUCAUUUUUCUUCAUACUUGAAGGCGAUGGACAAGAAUCUGAGCAAACGGAGCAAAUUGAACAAUCUGAACAAUCCCCAAAAAAACCUCGAAAACGAUUCGGUUUCCUUUCAUCACUUUGGUAGUUAAUUUAUAUUUAAAAAAUAAAUAUACUUAAUUCCAAGCCGAUUAAAAAUAUAAAAUUUAACAUUUCUCACACCACAGAUGUUGAUAGGAUAUGAAAAUUAAACUAGCAAUAUGGAACUAAAGUAUUUUCCUGAUCGGUUAAGAAGCAUUAAAAAGAGUCAGUGAAUUUUUUAUAACAUGGAAA